UGUCGAACAUACACAAUUCUUAUUGACAACUGGACCAUGUGUCCCUGCGGAGAGUAGUUGCAACUAUUUAUACACAUCAAAAUAUCAGAAAUUGCGGGAAACAUAUGACAAUUGAGUGGUGCUUUAAUAAAAUUAUUAAUAAACAAUAAAUAAAGAAUUAACUUACAAAUAAAAACUUGUAUUCAUAAAAAGAAAAGACAACCAUGCCUGCUAACAAUGGACACUGUGGGGUUCCCCAGUAAAACUCAUAUCGGAAGGAUGGAAUAUCCAUGUUCCAUCUCCCAAAAGAUGUUCGGGAGUCUGCUAUUCUUUUGAAGAAAUGGUCCAGCACUCUUCGGAUGGGAAAACAAUUUCCGAAACAAUUUUUUAUAUGUGAGUUGCAUUUCCAUAAACAUCAAGUCCUGAGGCGAAAUAAAGGCGACGCUAAAUCACUACCGGUUUUAGUGAAGGGUGCGUUUCCCUCGCAAAACCUUCCCAAAUCUGUGGUAAAAACCAAUCAAAUAAGAUCUAGAAGACUUUUGUCUAGAGCUUUGUCCAUUGCUAGAAGUCGAAAAAGUGAAGAACAUGAUCAUGGAGAAGGGAAUGUCGGAGAAGAAACGAAUAGGAUUGACAACGAGGAUGAGGAUGCUGAAAAUGUUGGUGGUACUGAAGACAUUUGCAGAGGCUUUUGCAAUAAAGGCAUUCAAGUGAAUUUAAAUCCAACUACUGUAAGCUCCUUGUGCGAGAAAACAGCUAAACUUUAUUUUGUCGAUACAAUAAAGCAUUUAGCCAAAAUAGUUGGACCCUUGAUAUACUGGCCGACAAGGGAACAAAAUGCGAAGAGGAUGCCUAAAUGCUUUGAGUAUUUUCAAAAUGUAAGGACAAUUUUAGACUGCACGGAGAUGAAGACGGUAACGUUCCGAUGCCUUAAAUGUAGAACUGGAGUUUAUUCGCAAUAUAAGGGAGCAGCCACGCUUAAAGUGUUGAUUGGAAUUUCACCAUCGAGAGCUAUAAACUUUCUGAGCAAAGUUGCCAGUGGAAGAUCUUCGGAUAAGGCGAUAAUUAACCGCUCAGAUCUUCUUUCGAAACUGGAACCAGGAGACGCAUUAAGGGUCGACAAAGGCUUCAUGAUCGGCGAUGAACUCAAUAAAGCGGGAAUUGAAAUAAUAAGACCGAAAUUUCAUUUCGAACCUUUUUCGGGAGAAGAUGUAAGAAGAAACACUAGAAUUGCUGCAGCGAGAGUACACGUUGAAAAUAAAUUUGCUAGACUUAAAAUGUUCAAGAUACUAUCAGAUAAAACCCAUUCAUUUGUUAUACCAUAUAUAGACGACAUUAUGAUAGUUUUAUGCAGUCUGUAAAAUUAUGGUACACCUA